GGUAGGAUUUUGAUUAUGAUUACCCAACAAUCCCAUUACUGGGUAUAUACCAGAGUGUCUGAGUUUAUUCAGCCGUAUUUGAACAGCCAUUAUAAAGAAACCACGGUUCCCCAGAAAGUGCUUUUCUACCUGAGAGGCCACAGGGGCCCUGUCAACAGUGUUCAGUGGUGUCCAGUGCUUUCUCAGAGCCACAUGCUUCUCUCCACUUCUAUGGAUAAAACUUUCAAGGUAUGGAACGCUGUGGACUCUGGGUACUGCCUGCAGACCUACUCCCUGCACACAGAGGCAGUGCGGGCCGCCCGCUGGUCUCCCUGUGGCCGGCGCAUCCUCAGUGGUGGCUUUGACUUCGCCCUGCAUCUAACAGACCUUGAAACAGGAACCCAGCUAUUUAGUGGUCGAAGUGACUUUAGAAUCACUACCUUGAAAUUCCAUCCAAAAGACCACAACAUUUUUUUAUGUGGAGGCUUCAGCUCUGAAAUGAAAGCUUGGGAUAUAAGGACCAGCAAGGUGAUGAGAAGCUACAAGGCCACCAUUCAGCAGACCUUGGACAUCCUGUUCCUCCCGGAAGGCUCUGAGUUCCUGAGCAGCACGGAUGCUUCCACCCGGGACUCGGCUGACCGCACCAUUAUUGCCUGGGAUUUCCGGACCUCUGCCAAAAUCUCUAAUCAGAUUUUCCUCGAGAGAUUCACCUGCCCCAGCCUCGCCUUGCACCCCAGGGAACCCGUGUUCCUGGCACAGACCAAUGGCAACUACCUGGCCCUUUUCUCCACUGUGUGGCCCUACCGGAUGAGCAGACGGCGGCGCUAUGAAGGGCACAAGGUGGAGGGCUACUCAGUGGGCUGCGAGUGUUCCCCAGGCGGUGACCUGCUGGUGACGGGCAGCGCUGAUGGCCGGGUCCUGAUGUACAGCUUCCGCACAGCCAGCCGGAAUGAUUAUCAAUCAUUCUUCUAUGACAACACAAGCACACGUAUGUUUACUGCAGCACUAUUCACAAUAGCAAAGACUUGGAACCAACCCAAAUGCAUAUCAGUGGUAGCCUGGGUAAAGAAAAUGUAGCACAUAUAUACCAUGGAAUACUACGCAGCCAUAAAAAGGAUGAGUUCAUGUCCUUUGCAGGGACAUGGAUGAAGCUGGAAACCAUCAUUCUCAGCAAACUAACACAGGAACAGAAAACCAAACACUCACAAGCCCACCAUACUGUUGUGUGGAUCUGUAUUCACUUCGUACUGGGGAGAUGGUCAAGUCCAUUCAGUUUAAGACACCUAUUUAUGAUCUUCAUUGCAAUAAAC